AUGUCACUGUGGAGCCCUGCUGCGCUCGGGUCGUGCAUCUGCUGUGCGCUAGCUACGGCGGGCCGCCUGCGCGCUGCGAGACGCGUACCAAGUACACAGACGCGAACUCGAGCUCCGACGACGCGCACUCGAGCUCCGACGCGCACUCGAGCUCCGACGCGCACUCGAGCUCCGACGCGCACUCGAGCUCCGACGCGCACUCGAGCUCCGACGACGCGCUGGACCGCCCCGCGACAGCUGCCACCACAAUCCACCCAGCGCCCGGCUGCCACCGCAAUUCACCCAGCGCCCGGCUGCCCAGCUCUCGCGCAAUCCGGCCGCCAUCAUGGGGAAGCUCGUGCGCCUCGAGGUCUACAGUACGAGGCCCCCGCGCGCCACGGCUUGCAUGCACACUCGCUGACCCGCGCAGACUUCAAGUCCUACCGUGGACGCCACACGCUGCUGUUCGCCGACUCGUACUUCACCUCGAUCAUCGGCCCCAAUGGCUCCGGCAAGUCCAACAGCAUGGACGCCAUCUCCUUUGUGCUGGGCGUGCGCUCGUCCCAGCUGCGCUCCGACAAGCUGCAGGACCUGGUCUACCGCGGCCGCCUCAUCCGCGACGCCACCAUCAACGCCGACGGCACCGCCACAGCCACCGCCGACUCCAACGCCGACUCCAACGCCGACUCCAACGCCGACUCGAACGCCGACACCCAGGCGGACAACGCCCGGACCGACAACCAUCAGACGGACAACCACCAGACGGACAACCCCCAGACGGCCUGGGUCAAGGCCGUCUACGAAGACGAUGCCGACCAGGAGCACGAGUGGCAGCGCUCCAUCACGGCCUCCGGCGCCAGCGAGUACCGCAUCAACCGGCGCCACGUCAGCGCCAACGAGUACAACGCGGCGCUGGAGGAGCACAGCAUCCUGGUCAAGGCCAGGAACUUCUUGGUCUUCCAGGGCGACGUCGAGAAGAUUGCGACCAUGGCCCCCGACAAGCUCACCGAGCAGGUCGAGCGCAUCUCGGGCUCGCUCGAGCACAAGCCCGACUACGACAGGCUCAAGGCGGAGGCGGAGGCUGCGACCGAGGACAAUGCAAAGUUCCUGCACGAGCGCCGCGCCAUUAACGGCGAGCUCAAGACGUACCAGGAGCAAAAGGCCGAGGCCGACGAGUACGAGCGCAAGCUCGCCGAGCGCGACCAAGUCGUCGUCACCAAGACGCUGUGGAAGCUGUACCUGUACCAGCAGACCAUGGACAAGUCGCGCCACCGGAUCGCGUCGCACCAGGAAGAGCUAAAGGAGCACAAGCGCAGCGUCGACAAGUACCACACCAGGCACGAGCACGAGAGGCAGGCCGAGGCCAAGGUCAGGCGCGACCUGGCCAAGACGGACCGCACCAUCAAGGACAAGGAGAAGCAGAUGGAAGACACGGCAAACGAGCUCGCCCCCGUCCAGGAGACGAUCCGCCUCCUCGACAACCAGCGCCAGAAGAACGAAGCCGUGCUCGCCGGCCUCGCGAAGAAGCGCGACGCGGAAGCCCAGCACGUGCAAAAGGUCAACAAGGAUCUCCAUCUCGUGCAGAGGGCGGAGAAGAAGUGGGAAGACGACUUCAGAGCUGCCUCUCAAACACAGGGCCGCGAGCUGUCCCGGCAAGAUCUCGAAGAGUACAACCGGCUGCGCGGCGACGUCGUCAAGCGCACCCACGCCGACCAGAUGCAGAUUGACCGCCUGAAGCGCGAAGUCGACACGGACCGCGACCACGUCAGGAACCUACAGCAGAGCGUCGGCACCCACGAAAAAGCCGUCGAGCGACUGGCCGCCCACCUCACCCGUCUCCAGGAUGACCAGAAGGCGCACAAGUCGCAGAUCAAGGAGCUCGAGGCUGCCAGGAGUGCAAAGCAGAAGGAGCUCGACAGGCUGCGCUCCGACCGCCGACAGCUGGAGCUGGCCUACCAAGAGAAGAACCAGAUGCUGCAGGAGUCGGCCACACAGCUCAGCAUCGUCGAAGGCAGCAGGCGCGAGUCGCGCAAACAGCAGGAGGCCCGCAAGGCCAUUGACCGACUGCGCGUGCGGCUGGGCGCCGAAAAGGUCCAUGGCCGGUACCGAGAUCUCUUCUCCGCAAAGCAGGCCAAGUUCCGCAAGGCUUUGGGCCGAGUCUUUGGUCCGCAGAUGGAGACGGUCAUUGUCGACACCGAGGCCACGGCAAAGGAGUGCAUCGCAUACCUGAAGCAGGAGCGCAUCGGCAUCAUGUCCUUUGACCCGCUCGACUCGAUCCAGAUCAAGGCCGUCGACCCGCAGCUGAAGGGCACCCACAAGGGCAUGCGCUUGGCCAUUGACUGCAUCAACUACGAGCCAAAGCACGAGCGCGCAAUGACGGCAGCGUGCGGCAGCACCAUGGUCUGCGACACCGAGAAGAUCGCCAAGGAGCUGAGAUACGAGCGCCGCGUGCAAGCAAAGGCCGUUACCCUCGACGGCCGCGUCAUCAGCAAGGGCGGCACCCAGACGGGUGGUGAGCUUGACCGCGACGACGACGGGGGCGAACAGUCGUGGGACGACAAGUCCUACCAGACGCUUCGCGACCGCGUCGACUCACUGCAGAAGGAGCUUGCCAAUCUGCCCAAGCUCGAGAGCUCACGGCAACAAGAGCAGACCAUUGAGGCCGAGCUGCUCGACCUGACCGACCAAGUCGGACGCGCACAGGACGAGGCCAACGCUCUUGCUCGCAACAUUGACAGUCUGAGGAAGGAGCUCGCCCACCACGAGAGCGAGCUCAGGGGUGUGCGGCCCAACUUUGAUCAGCAGACGCAGCGGCUGCGAAACAGCGAGGACGAGCUGAAGGGCUUCCAGGACUCUGUCAACCAAGUCACCGACGGCAUCUUUGCUGCCUUUUGCCAGAGACUCGGCUACGCGUCGAUACGAGACUACGAAGACCAGCAGGGCACCGUCCAGCAGGAGGCUGCCGAGCAGCGCCUGGACUUUACCCGUCAGCGCAGCAAGCUCUCCUUCCUCCUGAAGCAGCUCGAGGCCUCGCUCCGCGGUCUCGAGGACCGUCUCUCGGCCGCCGAGGAGAAGAUCAGGCGCAUCGACGAGCAGCUCGCCGAGCAGCAGGACAAGCAACAAGAGCUGCAGAGCUCCAUGGACGUGCUGCAAGCCGAGCUGGAGGAGCUCCAGGAGAAGCGCGAGUCUCUCGAGGCGAAGCUGACAGAGCGCGCCCUCGCAGUCCGGGAGGCCCGCCGCACUCUCGACCACCGCAACGAAAAGCGAAGAGGCCAAGAUCAAAGCCAGCGCGACGAACCGCUACAACACGCUCAAGGAGUGCAGAGUGAACGAGAUCAAGAUCCCCCUCGCCUCGCACUCGAGCCCGCUCACCUCGCUCCCCAUGACGGACCUCGCCCGCCCAGGCGCAGACACCAUGGACGUGGACGACGACCCGGACGGCACGCAGAUCCACCAGCCCGAGAUUGA